AUGGCAGCAACAACCCAAAAUGGUACUAUCGAUGGUAGUGAUUACAAGAGGCCGGCUUACAAUGAAAUGACUAGCAAAGAUUACUACUUCGACUCAUAUGCCCAUUUUGGGAUACAUGAAGAAAUGCUGAAAGAUGAAGUGAGAACGAUUACAUAUCGGAAUGCCAUUUAUCAUAAUAAGCAUUUGUUCAAAGACAAGGUUGUCAUGGAUGUCGGAUCAGGAACGGGUAUCUUAUCCAUGUUUGCAGCUAGAGCUGGUGCCAGGAAAGUUAUUGCGAUUGAAUUCUCGAAUAUGGCUACACAAUCCAAACAGAUUGUAAAAGAUAAUAAUUUGGAAAAUGUUAUUGAAGUUAUUCACGGGAAAGUUGAAGAUGUAAAAGAAUUACCUGACGGCAUUGAAAAGGUUGAUGUUAUCAUUUCCGAAUGGAUGGGUUAUUGUUUGUUCUACGAAUCGAUGCUGAAUACAGUGAUUUAUGCUCGCGAUAAAUGGUUGAAAUCGGAUGGUGCCCUAUUUCCAGACAAAGCGAAGCUCUUCUUAUGUGCUAUUGAGGAUCGGCAAUAUAAAGAGGAUAAGAUUAAUUGGUGCGUAAACAUUCAGUAG